AUGUACCUAGCAAAUGUUACACGUCCAGAUAUAGCGUAUGCAGUCAAUUAUCUAGCAAGAAAACAGUUAGAGCCCACUGAGGACGAUUGGAAUGAUGUGAAAAGGAUAUUCAGAUAUCUAAGAAGAUCAACUGAUCUGGGUAUCAAAUUCACAUCUAAUUCAGACCAGCUAGAAGCAUUGACUGACUCGAGUUUCAGAGAUUGUGAAAACUCAACAUUCACUGGUGGAUACGUCAUAAGACUAUUUGGUGACACCAUCGCCUGGAGAAGCCACAAGCAAUCCUGUACAACACUGUCUACUUGUCAGGCAGAGUAUUUGGCCAUGAGCGAUGCAUGUCAAGAGUUGAUAUCGCUGGACAAAAUCAAUCAGGUAUAUAUUAGGGCGAACCUUGUUUCCUGUAACCAUAUGGUGCGAUAA